AAAAAAGCAAGAGGGUGUAAAGAUGACUUUCCCAAGAACUACACACUCUUCUAUUCUAGGAAACAGACAAAAGAACAAGAGGCCGCAGAAGACAAAACUUCUCUGCAAAAGCCUGCACUUGGCAAUGUGUGUGCGCAUCUGUUAGAGGAAAGGAGGAUGGAAUUCCCUUUAUUAAGAGACUUCUGCACCUGUUGACAUCCUGACAUCUGAAGAACUGCUCAGUCCUCGAUUUCUCGGCUUUCCGCCACAGGAAACUUCACAUUUCAAAAAUCUGUGAAGUUUGAACAAGUGGCCUUCCCAAGAUGUACCGAAUAUCUCAACUGAUGUCAACACCAGUAGCAAGUUCUUCUAGGUUGGACAAAGAAUAUGCUGGAGAGCUGUCACCCACAUGCAUUUUCCCAAGUUUUGCUUGUGAUUUCCUGGAUGGUGACAAUUCCUUUGAAUGUUGCUCCAUAAAUCCUCUGACAGGCUCCUACUACACCUGUCGUCGAAGUCCCAGGCUCCUUGCCAAUGGCUACUACAUUUGGACAGAAGACAGUUUUCUCUGUGACAAAGAUGGCAACAUAACUCUGAACCCAUCCCAGACUAGUGUUAUGUACAAAGAGAACUUAGUUAGAAUAUUUAGGAAGAAAAAGAGACUCCGCCGUUCUCUUUCUUCUCUCUUCGAUCUAAGUACCUCUAAAUCUUGGCUGCAUGGAAAUAUCUUUGGGGAUGCCAGCACUUCUUCAAGUGAGAACUUCUGGUUGGAGGGGUCCAGGAGACUGGAUAAGUAUCAUUGCCAUGAAAAUGGGAGUGACUUUGAUGGACCUCUGACUGAUGGCUGGGAGUCAGAGGAGCUAAGCACAGAGUCCGUGAAAGCCUCCCCCUCCAGUCACAUCACAUCCCAGCCUCCCAGAGAAAUCUCCCAUGACUCCUCUCUUCAGUUCCAGUUGAUGGAGUCUAGAUACUUUCAAGAGGACAUGUUGGAUCAGUCAAAAGCUAGUUUGUUGCGAGAGGUCUCCUUCCAAGCAAUCCUGCUUGCUGCAUGCUUAAUCAUCUCUGUAUGUGCAAGGACUGUACAUGAAAUUCUCCUCAGAUGGUUUAUGGGAGGAAUAGUAGCCGGGGUCUUCACAUGCUCAUUGGUGAUAACUACAGCUUAUGUUGUCAAAUCACGGUUUGUCAGUCUUGCCAGCUAUUUCAGAGGCACUGCCUGUGCAUGUGACAAGAAAAAUCAAGGACCACAUUCCAGAUUCUCCCAUCUUGUUUCUUCUCCUGAAUCACAUCUUUUGAAUACUAGUGAGAGUUGAGCAUGACACUUCUACUGACCAGACCUGGGGCUGCUGUCACCUGGUUCUCCACCUGCUAUGAAACCAGGCAUGAGCUAUUUCACCUUCCUAAAUCUUGAUUUCCUAAUCUUUAUAAUGGGAAAAAACUAUUAUCUCCACAGUACUUUUAUGGAAAUUCAAAGAGUUCAUGCAGGCAACGCCCUUAACAUUUAACAUAGUGCUAGAUGUUGAGCAAGUGCUUCCAUAGCAGAGGCUGCUGUCAUCACAUUCACCACCAACAUCAUCAUCAUAACAGCAAUCAUAGUGCCUCUAGUAACAGUAGCAUUUAGAGGCUGACGUAGUUAUAGACGUAGACGUAGGCAUAGAUAUAGAUGUAGACAUAGGCUUCUGGCUGUUCUGCCAUUUUUGGUUGUGUGAUAAUUUGACCUAACACUGAACAUCUUUGAACCUCAGUUUCCUCAUCUAUAAAGUAGGCACAGUUUCAUAACUUGUGGUUUUUUCUGAAGUGCUAGAUACACUAUGGAGGGAUAGUAUAAGUUUCUUGUCAUAGAGAAGACCAAAUAAGAAAAUAAGCUUAUAUAUGACAUGAGAAAGUAUUGAUUUUAAGCAUAACUUUCAAAAUGUAACUCUCUUUAUUUUGAAAGAGACUAAUCAUCUUUUUAGUUAAAUAAAAAAAGGGGAACUCAAAUAAGCAAGAGAUUUUUUAAAAAUUACCAAUUAGCCCUCAACUUAAGGAUAGCCACUGCCAAUAUCCUAGUGUUUAUCCAAGAAAACCAUCUUGAUGGCCAGGCUGAUGACAUGUGAGAGUAGGCCACCUAGGGAGAAGAGCUUUGGACAUAAGAGCAGCCACCAUCUGGGGUCCACCAUGUGGCCAUUGCCCUGUUGGAGUAGAGGGCUCCACCAGAUGGCAGCUCAGCCCCCUGCGAUGAUUCCCUGGAAAGGCAGUGUCAUCAUCUGUCACACUGCAGCACUAUCAUCCCACUCCUCAUCUUCAACAUGGGACCAAGAUGGCCACACCAAAAAAUUUCGUUUCAAAGAUACUUUAUCAAAAGGUAAGGACAUAAGCUGAAAUCAAAUCUAUUACCUUCAAUGUACAGGCUCUGCCUCCCUUCUUUCAUUCAACUCUCAGACCCUGGGUUAGUUCUAGGGUCCAUGCAGCUCAGGGGCUCACGGGCUCACGGGCUCACAGUCUAAUGAGCAAGAUAGACAAGGAGGUAGUAACAUCACUGUGAUGAGCAACAAGAUGUCAGUAAUCCCAGAUAGUUGAUCCCAUCUCUGCCUAGAUAACAGAGACAGACAUUUCCCAGGCAUCCUCUGAAAUUCCUUAGACAGUGGUUUGCCCAUGGCUCAGGUCCAGUGUCCAUCUUUCCUUUCACUCCAAGCUCCAGGACAGCAGAGAUCAUUUUAGUCAUAAUCAUUAUUUUAUCUCCAAUUAUCCAGUGCUUGCUGGGAAUGUGCUCAGUAAAUGUUGACCAGACAGAUGCUCUUUAAAGACUUAAUGAGUUGUGUAGUGUUUGUGGUGGACAUCUGCUAUCUCACUCUGUGUUCAGUGCUAUGGUCUGAAUGUUUAUCCUCUCCAAAAUUCAUGUUGAAAAUAAACUGCAUUGUGACAGUAGUAAACAGUGGGACUUUUAAAAGGUGAUUAGACCAUGAGGAUUCACUCUCAUGAAUGGUUAUUGGUGUAGUUAUAAAAUGAUGAGUCUGGUCCCCUCUUGUUCUCUCUGAGCUGCCAUUCAUUCAAGGCCCCUCACUAGAUGUCAAAUCCUCAAUCUUGGAUCUUCCAGUCUCUAGCAUAUUAGCUAAUGAAGUUCCCUCCCACUUUGUAAUAUCAGCUCCAAACUCUGUAAAAGUAUUUGCUUACCUCCCAUUUGGGAAGAAGAUGCUUUUGGAGCACUAGAUCAACCUCUUCCAUUCUUUGAUCAAAUAAUAAAAUUCUACUCUGUUAUACUGAGCUGGUUUUGUUUGACCUGCAUGAGUGGCACAAGGUAGAACAAGACCCCUUGGGUGGUGAUCUGAAAGGAUCAGGUGUCUCUAUCAUUCUUGUUCACAUGUGCUGUGUGAUUUUUGUUUACCUUGGUUUUGGUGCUUGGUCUCCCUCUCUUCUGCCCUCUUUUCUUCAGCAGAACAGAAUCUCCAAGAUUUCACUAAGUCCCCAGUGUACAGAAUACUGCCUGGCAUUUAAAAAGUACUCAAUAAAUAAUCGUUUGACAAGCAAAUGGCUGGGCAUGACCCACUGAAGAAAUGGCAAGAAAUACAUUGUGUCUGGUGCAGAGAUAAAGAGCCACAAGUGACACAGGGUGGGAUGGAAAUGUCGACUUGGUCCAGAUUUCCCAAGAGGAGGCAAAAAGCUGUGCAAGGACUUACCCAGAGUGGCACAGCACGGCAUUUGGAGCACAAGAAAUGACCUCGUGUCUUGGGCCACAUUUCCAGCUCUCCCUUCAGUUACUUCGCCUGUGCAUGAAUACUCCUUAUAGCCCGCGCAGCAGAAUGUGAAGAGGGAUUUCUCAACCAGAGUCAAAAUCUUCUAGAGGAAACAGACUAUACUAUUUUAAAUGAUCUUGAAUUAAAAUCCUAAGGAAACUGGCAAAACACUCUUAGUUUCAUUGCAUGUAUUAAAAU